UCUUUUGAUUAAAGCCCAAAUUGUCAUUGGGCAGAAGCAAUCAUGUGACAGCCAAUUCGGUCCAAUUUCAACCUUGUCUCCAUGAAUUCAAUAGUUUAAUAGUAGCGCGGUCCCCAUACGGCUGUAAUCAGUGAAUUAGAAAAAAAACACCCCAGCAGCGAUCUUCUAUGAUAGAUUUUUUUUCCUCCGCUCUUGCCUUUUUUCCUGGGCCUUGCCCCCCCAAAGCCCCUCCAGAAGAGGGAACUUUUUCUCCGAGGGGGCUCCAAGGAGAAGGCCAUGAAUUACGAAUUUGAGCGAGAGAUUGGUUUUAUCAAUAGCCAGCCGUCGCUCGCUGAGUGCCUGACAUCUUUUCCCCCUGUCGCUGAUACAUUUCAAAGUUCAUCAAUCAAGACCUCGACGCUUUCACACUCGACACUGAUUCCUCCUCCUUUUGAGCAGACCAUUCCCAGCCUGAACCCGGGCAGUCACCCUCGCCAAGGCGCUGGCGGACGCCCCAAGCCGAGCCCCGCCGGCAGCGGCGGCAGCCCGGUGCCCGCAGGCGCCCUGCAGCCUCCCGAGUACCCCUGGAUGAAGGAGAAGAAGGCAGCCAAGAAAACGGCGCCGCCGCCCGCCUCGGCCGCCGCCGCCGCCGCCGCCACCAGCCCUGCCUGCCUCGGCCACAAAGAAUCCCUGGAAAUCGCCGAUGGCAGCGGCGGGGGCUCGCGGCGCCUGAGAACUGCCUACACCAACACGCAGCUUUUGGAGCUAGAAAAAGAAUUUCAUUUCAACAAGUACCUUUGCAGACCCCGAAGGGUGGAGAUUGCAGCGCUGCUGGAUUUGACUGAGAGACAAGUGAAAGUGUGGUUUCAGAACCGGAGGAUGAAGCACAAGAGGCAGACCCAGUGCAAGGAGAACCAGACCAGCGAGGGGAAAUUUAAAUGCCUGGACGACUCCGAGAAAGUAGAGGAGGAUGAGGAAGAGAAGUCCCUCUUUGAGCAAGCUCUCAGCGUCUCUGGGGCCCUUCUGGAGAGGGAAGGUUACACUUUUCAGCAAAAUGCCCUGUCUCAGCAGCAGGCUCCCAACGGACACAAUGGCGACUCCCAAAGUUUUCCAGUUUCGCCUUUAACUAGCAAUGAGAAAAAUCUGAAACAUUUUCAGCACCAGUCACCCACUGUUCCUAACUGCCUGUCAACAAUGGGCCAGAACUGUGGCGCUGGCCUAAACAAUGACAGUCCCGAGGCCCUUGAGGUCCCCUCUUUGCAGGACUUUAACGUUUUCUCCACAGAUUCCUGCCUGCAGCUUUCAGAUGCAGUCUCGCCCAGUUUGCCAGGUUCCCUGGACAGUCCCGUAGAUAUUUCAGCUGACAGCUUUGACUUUUUUACAGACACAUUCACCACAAUCGACUUGCAGCAUCUGAAUUACUAAAAACAUUAAAAGCAAAACAAAGCAUCACAAAACAAAAACCCCUUUGGCCGAGUGGUUUUGCCUUCUUUAAUUCCGGGAGUUGAUUUUUAUCUCAUUUUCUGCUUCAUCUAUCCCCUCCUUCCUUGAAAUGUUGAGGAUUUUGUUCAGUGAUUCCCUCUGACCCGGUUUCACAGCAGUCUUUUACAGAUUAUUUCAGAGUUUUAGUUAAUUUUAAAUUUAACCCAGCCACCCUCUAUGUGAUUUCCUGAAAGCAAUAUAUGAGGCCUGCAAGAAAGUGAUCAUAUAAUUGUAUCUUCACUUUCUUUUUAUUUUUGUAUUACAUUAGGAUGCACUGUCAUGCGUAUUUUUGGUAGAAUAAAUUCUCCUUUGCUACAAGUA